AUGGUCGAGAACAUCCAAGCCGGAUCGACGAACCCCGAUCCAGAAGUGAAGAUUCUUGCAGAGUAUCCGGCUUCGGUACUCGCGGAGACAGACCGGGGCAUUGGGCGUUAUGUCUCUGCCGUUGGGAUGGAUAUGGCGAUAGAACGUGCCGAAACCUACGGCAUCGGUGCGGCUACUAUCCGGGGUGUGGCACACUGGGGACGCGGCUAUAGUUAUGCAGCGCGGGCGGCGCGAGCCGGUAUGAUUGGCUUGGCGUUCACAAACGCUAUUAUCAACUUUCCGGCAUGGGGAACUUCUGCGGCGUCUCUGGGAAACAACCCGAUGGCUAUCGGUGUGCCUGUAGAGGGUGAUGGCGAGCCGGCCGUGUUGGACAUCGCCAUGACGCAGACCGCCAUUGGUCGGGUCCGGGAAGCCGCCGAGGCGGGGCAGCGCUGUUCCACUCGGCUGGGGGUUGGAUGCAGAAGGGAAGCCGACAACGGAUCCGGAAGCAAUUGUCGAGUCCCAACGCUUCUUGCCGAUGGGCGAGCAUAA